AUGUAUGAACUUCACCAGGAGGCCAUCUUGGAUUCCCAGACCCAGACCGGUGAAGCCAAGGGCCCGGGGGACGGCAUCACUGAGCAGGCCAGGACCAGAGGCGACAUAGUGGAGUCUGCAGUCCAUGAGGACCUACUGAUAUCCGGUGUUGCUGGAGGGAGAGACUGGACCUCUGAAUCGGAUGGUCGCUUCCUUCCCAAGUCGGAACCAGGACCGAACCACGAGGGACAGAGACUCCACCACCACACAGAACACAAACAGUGGACAGGUGGACUGAACAACCUCAGUCCUGGUGGUCAUAAGAGGGACAGAGGUUCCAGUCAGGGAUCCAGUCUGCAGCCCAGACCCUUCUCUUCACAGUCUCAGUGCAGGGAUGAAGCAGGGCCUGGGGCUGAUAGAGAUAGACCCUCCUGUUCCUAUGAUACAAACACCACAGUAUCCAUGAUGAACAGAGCAGGUCACCCUGGGCUUCAGCCUUCACAGAGAGUGGUGGGAGACCCCCCUGGUGGUAGUCUAUCAGGAUCUCGUCUAAUGCCUGGUAAAUGGGUUCAUAGAAGGCCUGGGUCUAGCCUUCCUCAGCUGCCUCGGGGUUACACCACCAAUACAGACAGGGUCAGGAUGGGCGUUCACCACAAGAGGUACCUAGCCUAUAACACAGCACACAAUCCCAACAACACCCAAACAAUGGCUAGAGGUCAAGAAGGGAGCUCAAAUCCUGCUUCUACCUCCUCUGGUGUCAUUGGGUCACAACGUAAGAGGCCGAGCAUUAGGACGGACGCCGACAAGCCGUACGCCUGCCCCACGUGUGGGAAGCGCUUUGCAGGUCAUUUACGGUAAUUUUUCCACCAAACUUGUAGUGAAAGAACGUGGGGUGGCAAUCUGCAGACGUAUCACAGAGACCAACUGCCUGUAUACACAGGAGAGCUGAUGGCAGUACUGUUGGCCUUGCAGUGGGUGGAGGAAAUUAAGCCAUACGGGGUUGUUGUGUGUUCUGACUCGUGUGCAGUAUUGAUGAGUGAAGUCCUUUAGAUCACGGAGGAGACAAGACAUGCUAUAUGAGGUACUCCAAAUUCAUUCCCGGUGAGGCAGAUUGGUUUACAAAAUAAGUUUAGCUUGUGUCCCAGCCCAUGUGGGGGUGGAAGGGAAUGAGGAAGUAGAUGUGCUAGCUAAACUGGCCGUUAGGAGAGAGGAGGUGGAGGUGCCCAUGAGCAAGGCAGCGGCUAAGGGAAUGAUAUGGACAGUGGUGGUGCAGAGAUGGCAGGAGCAGUGGAACUGCUUAGAGACACUAAGGGGAGGCAUCUAUUCCAAGUAGGCUACAGAGUAAAGUUGGUGAGGGGAGGACAGCAGGAAGAGACAGAAGAGGAGGCCAUCUUUACAAGGCUAAGGGUGGGACACAAUUUUGACUUGUAGAAAUGUGUAUUGUAACAAUGAUGCAUGAGGCGGAUGCGGUGCGACUCGAGUUUCGCCAUCAGGUGGAAGACGGUGUCCCCUCUCUGGUCAGUGAAAAGGAGAGAGCAGGGACCGUAAGAGGCAGACCCUCUGCUGCUUUCUCCUUCCCUCCGCUCAGACUAAUGCUGUGUUCAAAACAACUGGGAACUCGGAAAAUCUCAGACUUCAGUGCGUCCAAGACAACUGGGAAACUCAGUCAUCUUUCUAAAGCUCCAACCUGAAGAUCACGGACAUCAAGGAAUUGACCUAGUUUUUCCCUAGGACCAUCAGUCCAGUAAAAUAAAAAAAGCUAAUUAUUUACAAAUUAUUUCAAUUUAUGCUCAGCAAGUGCUACACGAACUGAUCUGUUUUGUUAUCAAAGCUCAAGUUUUGAAAUAUGAUAUUGUCUGAUAAGAACAAUAUUGGCAGGCCAGGCAUAUAGCAAUAUGCUGUGAUAAUGUAUUAAGCCUAUUGCACAACCUCAUUCCUACAGAACAGUUUUUAAUAGGUUAAGGUUGCAUUUUUUAAGUCAUGUUUGAAAAAUAUUCUGAGCGGUAGAUCUCGGCUUGCUUUUUGACUGAGAAAGUGAUCUUGACUCAGAAAAGGUUAGUGACCACUGGUCUAUAAGUCCUGUGAUGACUGAGGUUAAAUAUUAAACAUGAACUAAAGUGCACAUGUACUUGAUAUUCCAGACUGACUGGCCUCUACAAACUGGGUCAAAGUGUACGACCUGUUUACUUCUGUUUAGGAGGGUAUUUAACCACAUACCCUCAUUAACCCUUUGUUAACUUGUCAUUUGAAACAUGCUUGGAAAUACCUGUUUUUAGAGAGAGAGUAAUCCUUGGCGUGAUAAAGGACAGUUUAAUAUUUACCUUACUGAGGUGAUGUAGAUGGAAUAAAGUCAUAUUGUAUUAUAUUCUA